UUGUAAAAUUAAAAAUUUCCUGAAAUUUUGAUGAUUCCGAACGAAGCCGAUCUAACUCGAACUUCACCGACAUUUUCAUUUUUCAUGAUAAGAAAUCAAGAAAUCUUAUCAUCAUUGAAAAAUCGCGAGAGGUGAAUUUUGUGUAUUAUUACUAUUUUCAACAUCAUUUUAUACGAAUUAAUUUCGUAAUUCUUUAUAAAAUUUAUUAGAUUAUGUAACUGAGUAACGAAACAUGUUACUUGAUCGUAUUACCAGGGUAGGAAUUUCAUCUAAGGUUAGAAGAUAUUGUGCAGCAAAAACCUUAGAAACACCUACAACUACAUCAAACUCAACUGCAAAUGCUCCGAAGACACCACUCCUACAGAAAUGGAUUACUUAUUGGAAAUCAUUGCUGAACGAUUAUAAAGAUGUCAUGGUAGAAGCUGCGAAGCAUGCGAAAGAUCAUCCGGUCAAGAGUACAUUUUGGCUAACAAUUUUCUCCGGUGCGUAUACUUGCGGAGUUAUGAACCCGGACGAAAAUAGUUUCAGAGCUCAAAUUGUGAAUUACGCCAACGAUUUGAUAUUUAUCGGUAAACCAAUACGUAAUCAAAAUACUGUACAGUUUUUGCAAACAGUCGAAUCGUACUAUAACAGCGGACAGAUUAGAUACAUAAGUUUGGGUAUUUUCUCUGUAAUUUUACGAGAUUUCAAAACUAGCGCAAAUGGAGUUUAUAAAGAUAAUUGUUCCUUUACCCAACCCACUUAUUUAGAAAUUAUUCGUGAUAACGUAAUUGAUGUUGGAUUUUUUAAUAAGUGGUGGAUUUUGGAAAGUAAAAUGAUCGAUUGCGAUGUCAAUGAAACCGAUUGGAAAUAAUUUCAUUGUAUUGAAUUUGUUUGUAAAAUAUAUUUUUUGUUAUUAAAUAUCUCGAAGUGUG